AUGGCCAUAGGCACGGGCACACGUGUGUAUGCGCGUACAGGCAGGUUCACGCGCCAUAUGCCUGAGCACAAGCCUCUCCCCGGCGCAGCGGGGACGGUCCUCCAAGGCGGCAGGAGCGUAUGCGGCCGCCGCCGCGCCGCGCCGCUCCGGUGGCUGCCCUGCCCCUCGCUCUCCCGGAAGCGCCAGCGGAGCAGCGGAACCCGGAAGUGCCGCUGUGGCCGGUGCCGGCUGGCGGCGGGGGCGGGUCCGGUCCUGCUAUGGCCGGUACGGGCGGCUGAGGACUUAAGAGAGGGUGCGGGCGGCGGUGGCGUGCGAGGCGGGUCCCACUCCCCGGUCCCGUCCUGCGCCUCUGUCCUGUCCUGCUCCUCGCUGCGGGCUAUGGCGGCGGCGGCGGCAGCAGCAGCGGGCUCCAACUGGGGCCUGAUCAUGAACGUGGUGAACAGCAUCGUGGGGGUGAGCGUGCUCACCGUGCCCUUCUGCUUCAGACAGUGUGGCAUCAUCCUGGGAGCUCUGCUGCUGAUUUUCUGUUCUUGGAUGACUCAUCAAUCCUGCAUGUUCCUGGUGAAAUCGGCCAAUCUCAGCAAGCGCAGGACCUACCCUGGCCUUGCAUUUCAUGCCUAUGGAAAAGCAGGAAAAAUGUUGGUGGAAACAAGCAUGAUUGGGCUGAUGCUGGGAACUUGCAUUGCUUUCUAUGUGGUUAUUGGUGAUUUGGGGUCCAACUUCUUUGCUCGGCUGCUCGGAUUUCAGGUGUCAGGCAGUUUCCGGAUUGUCCUGCUCUUUGCUGUCUCCCUGUGCAUUGUGCUUCCACUAAGCCUCCAGAGGAACAUGAUGGCCUCCAUACAGUCCUUCAGUGCCAUGGCUCUCAUCUUCUACACAGUGUUCAUGUUCGUGAUUGUGCUUUCGUCCUUCAAGCAUGGCCUCUUCAGUGGGCAGUGGCUGCAGCGAGUGAGCUACACCCGCUGGGAGGGCAUUUUUCGCUGCAUCCCCAUCUUUGGCAUGUCUUUUGCCUGCCAGUCUCAGGUCUUGCCUACCUAUGAUAGCUUGGAUGAGCCAUCUGUUAAAAUCAUGAGCUCCAUAUUUGCUUCUUCCUUAAACGUGGUCACCACCUUUUAUAUCACGGUUGGCUUCUUUGGCUACGUGAGCUACACUGAAGCCAUUGCUGGGAACGUCCUCAUGAACUUCCCCUCCAACCUGGUAACGGAGAUGAUUCGAGUGGGAUUCAUGAUGUCGGUAGCCGUGGGGUUUCCCAUGAUGAUUCUCCCGUGCAGACAGGCUCUGAACACGCUUCUCUUUGAGCAGCAGCAAAAAGAUGGCACCUUUGCUGCUGGGGGUUACAUGCCCCCACUUCGGUUCAAAGCUCUGACGCUGGCUGUUGUGUUUGGAACCAUGGUAGGAGGCAUCAUGAUCCCAAAUGUGGAAACAGUCCUGGGCCUGACAGGUGCUACGAUGGGAAGCCUCAUUUGUUUUAUCUGCCCAGCUCUUAUUUACAAGAAGAUCCACAAGAAUGCGCUUUGUUCACAGAUGAUCCUGUGGAUUGGCUUGGGGAUACUGGUGAUCAGUACAUACACCACCCUGUCUGCAGCAGAGGACACCCCUGUCAAGACUGAUGUGGUGGACAUGGAGCACCUGGACCGAGAGGAGAACAGAAUAGACCCAGAUUCUAUCAAAAUCCCAGACCAGAAGCCGGCAGUGGAGCAGGCAGAGGAUGGCCGUGACAAACCGAAGCUGCUGGAGGAGAAGGAGAUGGAGCAGCCGCAAAUUAAGGUGCCCAUGGAGGUACCCAAGAGAGAGGAGGAAAGAGGAAAACCGGAGGAGAAAGUGCAGCUGGACCGUCCUGAUCAAGGGAUUGCCCUGCCCGUGGGGGAAGCCCAUCGCCACGAGCCGCCCGUCCCACAUGAUGAAGUGGUCGUGGACAUGGGCCGGGAGCGGGAGGAAUCUGAGGAGAAGCAGCCUGUGCCUGGGGGAGCCAAGGAUCGUCUGCUGGAGGAGCCAGACGCAGUGAAUCCCCAGAAAGAGGCACUUGGCCCGAAAGAGGGGAAGGAAGUGAUUGCUGGGAACCAACUGCAGGGAGGGACUGACGAGCCCGCUAAGAAUCCCAAGAACGUCCUGGAGGUGCUGGUGCAGCAGGAUGGCAGGCUGCCAUACAAAGAGCUGGAGCCAGACAAACAACUGGGGGAAGCCAAGGCACGAGCUGCCAUGCCGGACGGUGAGAAGAAAGCUGAGGCUGCAGGUGACAGGGAGAAAGCAAAGCUCCAGCUCCCCAGGAAAACAGAGGAGGCUGUGGAGAAGGAAGCUGACCCUGGUGAAAAGCAGGAGCUGCCCCUCCCGGAGAGAACAGAUCAGCUGGAGCCGAGGGAGGCCCAAAACACCGAAGAGAAGCAUCCGGAGAAUGCGGAGAGCAAGCUGGAGGAAGCAGGGCAGGCGAAACUGCUCGAUCAUGCUGUGCUGCUGCAGGUGAUCAAAGAACAGCAGGUUCAGCAGAAGCAGCUACUUGACCAGCAGGCGAAGCUGCUGGCUGUGAUUGAAGAACAGCACAAGGAGAUCCACCAACAAAGGCAGGAGGAGGGAGGAGAGGAGAAGCCAAAGCAAGCAGAAGUACAGCAGGAGCCUGCAGUGCCUCUCUCCAGGAGCAAGGAGGAUGAAGGCCUUGGGGCCAAGCACGAAGCUGCUGCGAAGGCACUCAGCAAGGAGCUGUUGGAGCAGCCGGCGCCAGGCCCGGGCAGGCAGCCUGCUGACUCCACAGAGCAGCGCAAGGCGGCUGUGGGAAAGCUGGGAGAGGCUGGGCACAGGCGUGAGAUUCCCGGGGUUCCUCCCAAGGAGCAGAAGGUGCUGCCACAGGACAAUGACAGGGCUGCUGAAAAUCCUGCAGAGAACCGGGAUCCCCUUCACAGGGAUGCCCAACGUGUUCCAGCAGCCAGAAACCACCUGGAGAAGAAGCCCUUGGCGGAGGAUUUAGGAGGAGAUCGUGAAGCCAAGGCUGGAAGAGAUGUCCACGAGAAGAAAAACUCCCUGAAAGAUGUGGAAGCAGCUACAGCUCCCAUCCAAAGAGAACAGCUGGGGGCUGCCAAAGUUCAGGGAGUAGCAGGAAAGAGCCUGGAAAGAGACUCAGGAGUAGACCUUAAAGCCAAAGCACUGAGUCAGGUGGAGCCCAAAGCCCUGGCAGUCGCAGUGAACUCUGCUAGUAAAAGGAACACGGCAGAGGGGGAGCAGCACCUGCGGGAGCAUCGAAGAGGAGCAGAUGCUGAGGGAGCUGAGGGUGCUGGAAGGUGGCAGCAGGACCUGGCUGGCAAAGGGGAGAUAAAGGAGGACGCUCCUCAGGAGAAUGCGGUGGAGGUGGCUCAGGACCUGCAGGGAGGUCAGUGGAGCAAGCAGAGGCACGGGGAUGGAGUGGUCUCAAAUGAUGCUGAGAAGAAGCCAGGCUCUGAGAAUGCUCCUGCCCAAAAGCCUGAGAAAGGAGCAGCUGCCCAGGGGAACCAGAAGCUUGACCACGAUGUCAAACCGAACCGGGACCUGAAACUGCAGGCAGACCUGGACCUCCGCCGGAGGAGACGAGACCUGCUGCCUCCCGAGGAGGAGGAGGCUGCACAGGGGGCAGAGGUCCUCAUUGGCCUGAACCCCCUUCCAGAUGUGAAAGUGAACGACCUCCGGAGCGCUCUGGAGACACGACUGAACCAAGUUGCGGAGGGGGCUCAGCAGGUGGUCCACAGCCGGCAGAUCAAGCAGAUGAUGCAGGCAGACGGGAGCCUGUGAGCAGGGUGGUCGUGCUCGGUGGGUGGCUGCGGGUGUUGGCCACAGGCAGCGGAGCUGAGGAGCUCCAGAGGGAAAGUUCAGGUUAGCCAGCUGGGUUUUUGGCCGCUGCCGUUCAGGCAGUGGUUGGUCUAAGCCAGCAGCACAUUGCUUGGGCCCAUGGGAGCUGCCUGAAGCUGUGAGCACCAUCCAGGGCUUCUCUGAUGGUAGCACCUCCCUUGCAGGUGGCUGAGGAGAUGGCAACCAUGAAAGAAAAGCUCCCACUGUCCUCUGGCUUUCAGAGGUUGCCGUCUACCUUGGUUCUCUGCCAGGCCAGCUUUUUCAAGGACUUUUUUCAACAUCCAGUUCAUAUCAAAUUGCCUUCUCCAUCCAGCUAUCCCCUUCAGAACUGAGGUGGUCCUCCAUGAGGUUCCCCUGCCUGUUUGGAAGAGCUCCCCUGGCGCUGCCCUGGGUUCAUGUGCCCAGGCUGUGUGUGUAGGGCUUUGGGGCAGAGUCCUGGGAAGGUGGGACAGGGCAGAACCAGGAUCACACUUCUUGGGAAGGGCUUUAUUCCAGAGAAGCACCAAGUCAUGAGUUGAGUGACCAGCUUAGCCAAUUGCUUUGGUGUUUCUCUUGACAGGGGAGCUGUUAGUCUUGCAUGUUUAGGAGAUAGUUGUGGUUUAGGAACCUAGCUCAGUAGAAAAGCUGCCUUAACCAGGCACAACGGCUGCUGUUGUGCCUCCUCUACUCCCAGGGAUUUCAUUUGGUUGGCCACACACUAGCAAUAACACAGAGCUUUGCUCUCACCGCCCUCCUCCCUGGAUGCUCAGCUCUCAUCUGUGCUUUCAGGCUUGACUUCUGUCCAAAGUGCAUUAUGAAGCUGCAGACUGCCCCUACCCCUUUCUCAGACCACCUUGAUUUUUUUUUUUUUUCCCUGCAAGAGGUGACUAAUUUGGGAACAAAAGAAACGUGGCUCAGAAGGGUGGGCUCGGGGGCUUGGCUCAUACCUACCUCUUCUCUCUGUAACGUGGUGGAGCAUGUUUGGUUCCUGCGUUCUUCCCAGCCCCCCUGGGUGGCGGUUUACACCCAGAGAGGUCCCUGCUCCGCCCCUGGCAAUGGAUUUUUACGAGCGAGGAAGGGAAGAGCUUCCAUGAGAGCCUCGCUUCGUCUUGAGCUCCCAGACAGUGAUUCAUCCCUUUUGUGGUGGUGGGUUUUAAUUACUUUUUUAUUUUCACAUCCUGACUUGAGAAUGUAAGAAAUCGAAUCCCAAAGCUCUCACUUAGAACGGGUGAAACUUCCCAGCCUGGAGUUCCAGACCUCAUCACUGUGGUGGUUUUUAUAUCCGUGAAGUGUCUUGGGUAAGCUCCUCGUUCAGUUGGUGUCUGAUGGGGCCCUGCAGAGCCAGGGGUGGGCCAGUAGGGACGUGUGGGACUGUCAAGCUGGCUCUGCUUACUCUGGGACCUGUGCCUGCCUGCUGCUUGAAGGAUAUUGUCUUAAUUGCUUAAUAAAUGACACAGAGCCACAGGCUUGACAGCCACAGACUGGGGGGUGCUUCAGGAGGACCAACCUGCCCUACUCUCAUGGCCUUAACCCUCAGCACUGCCCCAUGAGCUUCUCCAUUCCGCUGUCGUAAAGCACAAGCAACGCAGCCGGGAGUCCUGGAGCCACUCCCUGACCCUGUCCCUCAGGGCAGGGAUGGCAGCAGGUGCUGGAGCACGUCUCCAAGGCUGCAGCAGGGAGACUUUGUCCAGACUUUGUCCCCUGUGGCACCAACCAGCCUUUCCAAAGCCAGCAGGCGCUGGAUCUGCCCCCUCCUGCCCUUUGAGUCUGUUGGGGUCUGGUUGAGGCUCUGCCAGGCAGGGUGAAGGUCAGACCUGUCUGUGUUCGUUGGUGUUGAAUUGUGUGUGAACACAAAGGACCAAAGAUGCUCCUGACAUUCCUCAGCAGUUGGGAACAGUCUGUGGGUACCCUAAGCCAGGCUGGAAGCUGGCAGAAGCUGUGUUGCCUCUGCCCAGGGUCUGGUGCUUGGCAGGAGAGACCAGAGGGGAGACUUAAGCUGAUCAAUAAAAUAAG